AUGUCGCAGCUUGAAGGCAUCAAGAAUAAACUUAGCUCCCUUCGCCUCGAGGCCGACACAGCCCAAGCACAAACUGAAGAGCUCAAAGGCAAAGUCAAGACCCUCGAGCAAGAGAACCUCGCCAAGGAGAACGAGAUCAAAUCCUUACAGCACCGCAACCAACUGCUCGAAACGAAUGUUGAAAAGUUAGAGGAGGAUGUUAAGAAGUCCAAGCAUGAGAUAGGUGAAAUCGGACAGCAGGGCACACACAACGAGGCGCUGCAGCGAAGACUGCAGAUAUUGGAGGAGGAGGCGGAGGAGAGUGAUAGGAAUACAAGGGAGGUUAAUGAGAAGCUACGUCAAACGGACGUCAAGGCUGGGCACUUCGAGCGCAAGGUGCAAGCUCUUGAGGCUUCGCGUGAUCAAUGGGAGGAGAAGUACGAGGAGAUGGCGAAGAAAUACAACCACGUGAAGAAGGAGCUGGAGGACUUCCAGGUGGAAAUUGGCAACAUCUGA